CCGCUCUUGCGCAGUUCGUCUUCACAACACGUUGGUGCUAAAACAUGGCCGAUUCACCAGAAGCAGGAGAUCCAGAGAUUUCUGAGGAAUCACACGAGGAAGAAGCUGAAGUUACACUCGAAGAGGAGAAUGUAGAGCCGACAAAGAGCUUCAAAGAGCUGGGAGUAACAGAAGUGCUGUGUGAAGCAUGUGAUCUGUUGGGAUGGAAAACACCUACCAAGAUUCAGAUCGAGGCGAUUCCUGUUGCUCUGGAAGGGAGAGAUGUGAUUGGUCUGGCUGAGACGGGUUCAGGGAAGACUGGAGCGUUUGCUGUGCCCAUCCUGCAGUCUCUCCUCUUGUCUCCUCAGCGUCUCCACACACUCGUCCUGACGCCCACCAGAGAACUCGCCUUCCAGAUCUCCGAGCAGUUCGAGGCUCUGGGUUCGAGCAUCGGGGUAAAGACGGCCGUUAUUGUUGGUGGAAUUGACAUGAUGUCACAGUCACUGGUGCUGGCUAAGAAACCUCAUGUAGUAAUUGCUACUCCUGGUAGAUUAAUUGACCACCUGGAGAACACAAAGGGAUUUAACCUCCGAGCUGUAAAGUUCCUGGUGAUGGAUGAAGCGGAUCGGAUCCUCAACAUGGACUUUGAGUCUGAGGUGGAUAAAAUUCUGAAGGUGAUUCCACGAGAGAGACACACAUUCCUAUUUUCUGCCACCAUGACGAAAAAGGUCCAGAAAUUACAGAGAGCUGCUUUAAAGGAUCCGGUGAAAUGCGCUGUUUCUACCAAAUACGCCACAGUGGACAAGCUGCAGCAAUAUUACAUCUUCAUCCCCGCUAAAUACAAGGACUGCUACCUGGUCUCCAUCCUGAAUGAAUUGGCGGGGAACUCCUUCAUGGUUUUCUGCAGCACGUGCAACAACACACAACGGGUGACGCUGUUACUGAGGAACCUGGGAAUCACAGCUAUCCCUCUCCACGGACAAAUGAGCCAGAAUAAACGUUUGGGCGCCCUGAAUAAGUUUAAGUCUAAGUCUCGCUCGGUGCUGUUGGCGACGGACGUGGCCUCUCGUGGGCUGGACAUUCCACAUGUAGACUGCGUCAUCAACUUCGACAUCCCAACACACUCGAAGGACUACAUUCACCGUGUGGGCAGAACAGCCAGAGCAGGACGAUCGGGAAAAUCCAUCACAUUCGUCACACAGUACGAUGUGGAACUUUUCCAGCGAAUUGAAACUCUGAUUGGGAAGAAACUUCCGGCUUUCCCCACACAAGAAGAGGAAGUGAUGAUGCUGGUGGAGCGAGUGAGCGAGGCGCAGAGAUUCGCUCGACUUGAGAUGAAGGAACAGGGAGAGAAGAGGAAAAGGAAAGGAAGAGAAGAAGAAGGAGAUGAUGCCGAGCACUCGAGCGGUGUGCGGAAAAAAGUGAAGGGAGGAAAGUUUGCAGGAGGGAGAGGCGCUGGCUCUGGGAGGCGCUGGCUCCAGGAGAGGGCGCUGAUGUAUGCUUUCUCAAGUGAAACCUUUCUGUAUAUAAUUCGUUAGUGAUGCACCACUGUCUCUGUUUCUCAUGAAAUAAACAUUGCUUCUUCAAAA